AUGAUACAUGAAGACCCCUCACAGGCCCGUCUUGUGGAUGCAGAUUUACAUGAGCUCCUACAACAGAUUGAAAAUGAUGAUGCAGACUGGGAGGCUAGACGCGACCACAAGAAGCGCGAUCCUCCACUUUUUGCGAACACCGUUCUUGUUCUUUUCUCCGACCAUGGACCAAGAAUGGGGAAGGCACGACUUUCUUUGCAGGGGAAGCUGGAGGAGCGCCUCCCCCUGCUGGCAGUCCUCUUACCGCGUCGAUUGGUUAAGGCCUGGCCAGACGCUCUC